UAUUGGACCCAAGUUUAAUAGGGCCUGUGGGGAUUUAGUAGGCCCAUUUUUGACAGAGGCUUCUCCAACCCAAUUCGUUCCCUUACCAGACUUUCGCUGCGGCAGCAAACUAGCGAGUUAUGGAAGGAAAUGACUCGCCCGAUAUGUCGACGGUAUCGCGUCAUCGUUUCGGGGACGACUUGGAAGAACCGGCCUUCUCCGUCUCCGUCAUCGAGAACAUGAAGGAAGAGUACGGGCUCUUCGUGUGGCCCUGCAGCUUAGUCCUGGCGGAGUAUGUUUGGCAACAGAGAUUGCGCUUUUCCGGAGCUAGCGUAGUCGAGCUUGGCGCUGGAACUUCCUUGCCCGGUCUGGUUGCCGCCAGAGUUGGUGCUGACGUCACUCUCACUGAUGAUUCGAGUAGAUUGGAGGUGCUGGACAACAUGAGAAGAGUGCUUGACCUUAAUAAACUUGAGUGCAAGGUAAUGGGAUUGACAUGGGGAGCUUGGGAUGCAUCAACGUUCAGCUUACACCCCAAAUUCAUUCUCGGGGCUGAUGUAUUAUAUGAUGCUACUGCCUUUGAUGACCUCUUUGCCACCGUGACAUUUCUGCUCCAAAAUUCUCCGGGGUCAGUCUUCAUAACAACAUACCAUAAUCGAAGCGGGCAUCGUCUUAUUGAAUUCUUGAUGGUCAAAUGGGGAUUGAAGUGCUUGAAGCUUCUUGACGCCUUUUCGUUUAUGCCAUCCUACAAGGCAUCCGGGCUACGUGGCAACCUUCAACUGGCAGAGAUCGCUCUGGAUAGCGAACAGGCUGAGACAACGGUUUUGCGUUAGCAUUUUUGGGAGUUUGUGGUAAUUCUGCCACUCUUGCUUGCAUUGUAAGUUUAGUCCAGUUGACCUGUACGACCAUUCUGUAAUGAGCAUCGUAUGUUCAUCUCAUUAAUGAAAGGGGUUGAUAUACACCGAUUUCAUGCA